AUGGUCGGAUUCAAUAUAGAGAGUGCAGGGAACAAGGUUGUUAUAUCAGGAAUUGCAGGAAGAUUCCCAAAUUCGAAUAAUAUUACGGAAUUACAAAACAAUUUGUUGAAUAAAGUUGACUGUACCACAACUGAACAUAAGCGAUGGGCCAUUGAUGAUCCCAGAAUUCCUAAUCGCUUGGGAGUAUGUAAUGAUAUUGAAAAAUUUGAUCGUAUAUUUUUCGGUAUUCACACGGCUUUAACGGAUAUUAUGGACCCUGUAUCAAGAAUGUUACUGGAACAUAGUUUUGAAGCUAUUAUGGACGCUGGUAUCAAUCCUCGUAGUUUGAGAGGUGAAAAAAUUGCAGUAUACUCUGCUACAAACUUAUCAGAAUCAGAGAAGCGAGCUUAUGAUCCAAAGGCAAAGAAAAGUGGCUUUGGUAUAAUGGGAGGAAGCAAAGCCAUGAUUGCAAAUCGUAUAUCAUUUUUUCUUGGUUUGACUGGACCAAGUAUAAACAUAGAUUGUGAUACUACUAGCUCUGCUGUCGCUCUUGAAAGAGCAUACACGGGGAUAAAAAAUGGAGAAUUUAAUGGCGCUAUAGUAGCAGGUGGUGUGAUGGGUCUACAUCCUCAUGUAUCUUUUCAAUUACGUGCUAUUGGUCGAUUGUCUCUGGAUGGAGUUACUAGAAGUUUUGACGAUGAUGCCGAUGGCCACACUCGUAGUGAUGGCAUCACUGUGUUAUUCCUUCAACGAGCUCAAGAUGCAAAACGUAUCUACAUAGAAGUUCUUAAUAUUCGUGCUGCUCAUACAGCACCAUUUUGUUACACCAAUAUGACUGAUAUCAUACCAACGCGUGCACCACAAGUAAAGUUAAUGCAAGAGCUAUUGAAAGAAUCUGGAUUAUCGCCAGAUGACAUUUCAUUUUUAGAAGCUAGUGGUAUGGGUUUCAAAGAUAUCGAUGCAGAUGAACUUGAAGCUAUAGCCGAGGUAUAUAGCAAAAGAAAAAAGCCAUUACUUGUUGGAGCCAUCCAAUCUAAUUUAGGAAAUACCAUUCCAAUCAAUAGCGCAAUAGGGAUAAUAAAGAUGAUCAUUGCAUCAGAAACUGGACAAAUUGCGCCUAAUUUAAAUUAUGACAUUCCCAAUUCUAAAGCACCGUGUUUGGAAAACGGUAAAGUUGAAAUUCUAACAGAAAUGACACCUUGGACUGGACAAUAUUCUUCUGUACACACUAUUAGUAUUACUGGAUCAAUCGCAAAUAUAUUAUUAAAAACUCAUAAUAUCGAAAAGAAAAAUGAUGGAAUACCCGAUGAUGAUUUACCAAGAUUGGUUGUAGUUUCUGGUCGUACUGAAGAAGCAGUUGAUACCCUUCUGAGUUAUAUGGAGGAUAGACCUGUUGAUGCUGAAUUAUUACAAAUGUUUUACGAUAUUUUUGAAUCUGGAAUAGAUGGACAUUUGUACCGCGGAUAUUCAUUGGUACCUGCUAAAGGGUUGUUAUCAUCCGAUGCAAAAAAACGGGAAACAUUUUUCAACUCAGGAGAAACACGAGAAAUUUGGUGGGUCUUUUCAGGAAUGGGUUCACAAUGGGUUGGCAUGGGUGAAGCAUUAUUGAGAAUACCCGUGUUUAACGCUGCUAUAAAGAGAUGCGACGCAGUUUUGAAACCUCGAGGAUACGAUAUUUAUAAAAUUAUUUGUGACAAAGAUCCAAAAAUGUUUGAUAAUAUAGUUCAUUCAUUUAUAGGUAUAGCUGCCAUACAGAUUGCCUUGGUGGAUGUACUUAGAUCGCUUGGAAUGAAACCCAAUUUUAUUAUUGGGCAUUCUGUUGGAGAGCUCGGAUGCGCUUAUGCAGAUGAUUGUUUCACUGCUGAGCAAAUGGUUUUAGCAGCUCUGUCCCGUGGAUUGGCAUCAAAAGAAGUAGAUUUGAUUCAUGGUGCCAUGGCAGCGGUGGGUCUAGGAUAUGAUGAUGUGAAACCACUUUGUCCGCCAGAUAUUGACGUAGCCUGUCACAACGGUCCAGACAGUUCAACGAUCAGUGGACCUGCAGAGUCCUUGAGAGCGUUCGUUGCUAGUUUGACGGCUAAAAAGAUUUUUGCAAAAGAAGUAGCUAGUAGUAACAUUGCUUAUCACAGUCGUUACAUUGCACCAGCAGGCCCGAAACUAUUGGAAUACUUGCAGAAGGUUAUUCCAAAGCCAAAUCCACGUAGUGAGAAAUGGUUAAGUACCUCAGUUCCACGAAGUGAAUGGAAUACUUUAAAAGCACGUCUUUGUUCGGCUGAGUAUCACACUAAUAAUCUUUUGAGUCCUGUUUUAUUUGAAGAAACAUCACGUAUGAUACCACAAAAUGCCAUUUGUAUAGAAAUUGCCCCACAUGGCUUGCUACAAGCUAUCCUUAAAAAAUCUUUAUCGCCCAACUGCAUUAAUGUGCCAUUAACAAAACGAGGUCAUCCUGACAAUGUUGAAUUCAUGUUGACUGGACUUGGAAAAUUGUAUAACAUUGGAUUGAAUCCUAAAAUAUCAAAUUUGUAUCCAAAAGUCAAAUAUCCAGUUGGAAAAGGAACACCUUCGAUAUCUUCUCUGGUCAAAUGGGAUCAUAAUACUGAUUGGUACGUCACUUAUUUUGUUCCAAUUGAAAAAACAGUAGAAGGAGAAGUGACAUUUGAGAUGAAUCUUCACGCAACUGAAAAUGAAUACUUGAAGGGAUGUAGAAUCAAUGGUGAAAUUAGUAUCCCUAUUUCACUAUGCUUGGUUAAAGCGUGGGAAAUUUUGAAAACGUAUAAUGAGAUCCCAGUGGACAAUGUUGUGUUUGAAGACAUCCAUAUCCAUACAUUACGAGUUACAGUUCCAGAAGACAAUAUUGUAAAGCUGACAAUCAUGGUUACUAAAGGAAAUAAGAAGUUUGAAAUUGUUGAGUCUGAUAGACUCGUAGCUAACGGUACAAUAAAAGCUAUGGAACCAGCUAAUGUUGAACGUUUAGAUGCAAGCAAAUUAUAUUCCCAGCAACAAGUCAAAUACGACAUUGAAAACGAAGACUUUUAUACAGAACUGGAAAUGCGCGGUUUUCAAUACCUAGGAAAUUUCAAAAAUGUACUGAAGUCAUCGAUUAGUGGUAACAAUGGCUUACUAAAAUGGGAUAAUAACUGGGUAACAUUUAUAGACAGUGCAAUUCAAUUGUAUGCAUUUGGAAAUGACGUUCGUCAAGCUCAAGUUCCAUUUAUUAUUAGGAAAGUUAUUAUUGAUCACCAGAAACAUGAAGAGGCUGUUCACAAUUCAGAAAUAACUGCUCAUAUUGAUAAAAAUUUGAAUUGUAUAACUGCUGGAGGUUUGGAAAUACAAGGUUUGAGAUUAUCGACGUUACCAAAAAAUUUAGAACAAAAUAAAUUGAGUAGUGACAUAUUAACUAUCGUGCCAAACAUAGACAAAUCAAAUACUUCGAUUUCAGAGAGCUUGCGAAACAUAUUGCAACUAGUUUUAGAAAAUAGCUUUUCAAAUAACAUUCAAGUUGUUCAGAUUAUUGAAAAUGAAGGAUCGGAGGCAUCAAACGCCUAUAAAUCUCUGCUGUACAAUGUACCUGAAAUUUGUCUUUUCAAACAAGAACGCACUGUUUGCGAAGAAACCACAUUUAAUAAAGCUCUUACAAUACUGGUAGAAGAUUUGAAGGAGUACGAUGUAUCUCUUAUUUUCGAAAAACUGAGUAUCAAUAAAUUUUUAUUAACUAAUAUCAGGAAUGAACAGGAAGAUGCUUUCUUUAAAAUAGCAGAAUCAUCAAAUGUGAAGGUAGUUUUUGUAUGCAAAUUUAUUAAUAAUAACAACCUAGUUUUAUUCAGAAAAAAGCGAUUGUUUGCCAACACUCAAGUCAUUAAUGUGAAUGGAAACGUCAAAGAUACUAUAAAUAAAAUUAAAGCCAUAGGAGUUCCAGCGGACGAUGAACGAAUUGUUAUCGUUACGAAGCCCAAGGAUAAACAGAAUAUUGUCGAUCUUGUAAAACAGUUAGAGCAAUCAACAAAGUUGGACAAAAUUAGAAUAUUUGACGUCCAAGACGCAAAUACAUUGGAUAAUUUAUUUUCUGACCAAUUUUACAAAAGACAAUUAGAAAUCGAUUUGUUGAUAAAUGUACUAACACCAAAAAAGGUAUGGGCUACUCUAAGACGGACCACAGCUGCUAAUAACAUUCAACCUUGCAAAACUUGGACCGCUAAUCAAUUACAUCAAUAUGACCCAACAAAUGUGUUUUGGACGGAAGGACCCGUCGUUGAGCAAACUGAAAAUAUUGUCAAAGUCGAAUAUUCAAGUUUCAAUUCUCAAGACAUUUUGUUGGCUAACAAUACUUUCUUUUCUGAGAUUUCAGAAAUAUCUGGUAUCAACAGGAUAGCACCUGCAACGUUCGGAUUUGAAUAUUCUGGCACGGAUAUCAAAGGUAAUCGAGUAAUGGGUAUAACUUGUGGCAAUGCUUUGUCAACGUUUGUCAAAUCUAACCCGAUAUGGACUUGGACUAUGCCGCAAUCUUGGAGUUUUGAAGAUGGAGCAACUGUUCCUCUCUCAUAUAUUAUUGCUUAUGCGGCUCUUUUCGUCAAAGCAGAAAUAGAAGAAGGGGAAAAAGUUUUACUUCAUAACAUUUCUGAUGGACCUGGCUUGGCAAUGUUAAAUUUAGCUUUACGCAAAAAGUGUGACGUAUAUGCAACUUAUCAAACGGAACAGGAAAGAAAAUUGAUAAAACUCACUUCCAAUUUGCCAGAUAAUCGUUUAUUUAAUGCAUCGAAAGAAAGCUUUACGGAUGACGUAAUCUCAAGUAAUGGAGGACAAGGUGUAGACGUUGCUAUUUGCAAUCAAUGUGGAGCUAAAAAAGCAGAAUUAUUGUUUGCUGCAUGCAAACGUAAAGCUCGAGUUGUGCUUCUUGGUGAUAUGAAUGAUAACCGAUUCCAUGAAAGUAUAGGAAUGGAGAUUUUCCUGCGGGAAAUGAACUUUUUCUCUGUUGUACCAAAGCAAAUACUUAUAUCCAACUGUAAUGCCAAGCGUACUUUGGCUAACAUGUUACUAGAUGGUAUAAAAAAUGGUAGCGUUAAACCUUUAGCUCGAAAUGUUUAUGAAAAUAAAGCACUGAAUGAAGCUUUCCACGCUUGUUUAUUGAAGUCCAACCUUGGAAAGAUUGUUGUAAAAGUGUCUGCAGACAAAAAUGAAAAUGGUCAUGUAAUGGCUUUGCAACGUUUAUACUGCUCAAGCUCAAAAACUUAUGUAAUCAUUGAAGGCUUGGGCGCAUUUUGUUUGGAAUUUAUUGACUGGCUGAUAACGCGAGGUGCCAAACGUAUAGUUUUAGUUUCACAUUCGGAGGUUAAGGGUGGAUAUGCGAAUUUGCGUUUAAGUUUAUGGCAGAAGUACGGAGUGCAAGUCGUUUUGCGAACGAAAGUUGAUAUUUCUCAAUCACAAAAUAUUAAGACAAUCCUCAAAGAAGUUUCGUUAAUGGGACCCAUAGAUGCUAUAUUUGAUUUACAACGAAUGGCUUCGACGACAGGAAAAUCAAAUGCUGUUGACUCAACGACUAAAGCUUUGGAUCAAGAAUCAAGAUCAUUAAGCCUCGAUCUGCGUCUAUUCGCAGUCUUUUCAGCUGUAGAAAAUGCUACAGCUUUGCCGUCAAAAUUGAAAUUCAACAAAUCUUACGGUAUCGAUGACAUACAAGAACGACCAGUGAAAGACCUAUUAGAAAAGAGAAAGAAAGAUGGCCUGCACAGUAUAUUGAUAAGAUGGGGGCUUAAAAGUGAUAAUUCAGCUUCGAAGCCACCAAUUAAACAAUAUUUACAGAAGCUCGACGACGUCCUAACGAUAAAAGAAACUGUAGUCGAAAUAUCUUAUGCUUUACCAGUCACGGAUGAGAUUGAAAAAGAUACAGUUGAACUACAAAAGAAUCAGUUGGAUUCUGAAAAACAAGAAAGAGACGCUUUCGUAACAAAACUUAAUACACCAAUCAUAGAGGAUAUAUUCAUUCUUGACAUCUAAAUAUUAUUCGGAAUACGUGUAAUUUACAUCACACAUAUGUUAUUUAUUGAUUAUAGUUGAAAAAUAGAUAGUAAAUUGAAAAUUGACUUGGUAUUUUUAGAGAUUUUCUAGGAUAUACUGUUACGGUAUUUUACAUUACUAGAAAUAAAACUAAUUGAAAUAAUUAAAGUUUUCUUUGAAUUGAGUUGUCAGUCAAUAUUUCGUUAAAGUAAGAUUGAAAGUGAAAAAUAAUAAAAUUCAGUUGAUUAUUUCUUAAUUGGAAGUUCUCGUGAGAAGUAGUUUGAACUGCUCUAGGAAGUCCUUUUUCAAAGAAAUACGUUGAGACUUCCAAGAAUUUUCAGUCGAGUCAGCGCCGGCUGUACCGUGAUUUUGGCGCCUAGCCUGACUAAUAAUCCACCUACACCAUCAAAUAUUACAAAUCUUCAUUUAGGUAAUUAAAAUCGUAUCGUUAUUUUAUACAACGUGACUUUUUCAAUUCAACUAGUGUAUUAAAUUAAACUUUAUACAUUCUUAUUCAAAUUAGAAAAAGAAAAUAAUUACGAAGUUGUUGAUGGUAUGCUGAAAAUAGAAAAGAUGUUUUUUAAAAAGCUUAAAAUAAACAAAUGAAAAAAUAAAACUUCACCUAAAGACUGUAUAGCAGAAGAAAGAGCAUCCCAAAACGAUCAAUGGAUAGUCCAUUAAGCUAUAAUUCACCGAAUUUUUCUCUGUGGCACUCAGCUCGGUUAUUCGGCUCGUUCUAAUGGAUUUCGGCCACCCCACUUUGGGCACACCUUAAUGGAAAGAAAUGGUUAUAUAGUCUGCAGAAACUAUCAAAGAUGACCGAAAACACGAAAUUAUAUGCUUCACUUCAGCAAACAUACGGGAUAGUUUUUUACUGGUAUAAUAUAUGAGAUUGACUUAAAUAAUUCGUACUUUAAUUUAUUGUCUUGGAAUCAGGUCUUCGUUAUAUUUGAAUAGCACCGUAAUCGUAGAAAAAUUUAAAAAAAGGUAAAAAUAAGUACUUUAUCUGCAUUUCUUUUGGCUAUAUGCAAUGAGAAUUAUAUGAUCUGACUUUUAAUAAUUCAUAUUGUAUUUUAACUUAUUUGUGGCAAUAAAUUUAAAUCAUAAAUAUUCUGUUAUGUAUUGCCAAGAAUCUUGCUCAAUAUAUUAAUUAAAUCAACUUUAUACAAUCCUAGAAUGAUAUUUAUACAAUUUGAUGAUUUUCGGCUGAAAUUAUUUGGCUAAUACUUGACUCCCUCAAUUAUUGAAGAAAUAAUAGAAUAAUUCCCUGCAAAACAAAUGAAAACGAGCUAUUGUUUAUUUUCUUCGUACACGCUUUUUAUUAAUUUUCUUUUCUGGUUGC